CUCUCACACCAACCCCGCCUCCCCUGCCCUCCCAUCCACAGGGAAAGCGAACAAGAAAAUCACCAUUAGAGCAAAAAGCUCCAUCAACAAUGGCCGCGGCUUCUUCUUCUUCUUCCUUGUCAAUCCAACCCAUCUUCUCGCCUGCUGCAGCUUCCCCCACCAAUUCUAACAAGCCCAACCUCCUCUCCUUCCCCUCCAGCUCCAACCCCACCCCCAUUUCCCUCAAACUCGUCAACUCCAGCCAGAAUCCCACCAGCCAAGGUUCCGUCGUCCGGAAUGCUCUCAAGGUCGCCGAAUCGGCCAGGACCGCCUCCUUGGACACCCGGGAUCGGGCCGCCGAGGCCGAUUCGGGGCCGAGGCCCGCCAUCCUGGUCUCCGAGAAGCUGGGGGAGGCCGGGCUGAAGCUGCUCCGGGGGUUCGGGAACGUAGAGUGCCUCUACAACCUGUCGCAGGAGGAGCUGUGCAAGAGGAUCUCUGAGUUCGACGCGCUGAUCGUGAGGAGCGGGACCAAGGUGACGAGGCAGGUGUUUGAGGCGGCCAAGGGCGGGCUCAAGGUGGUGGGCCGUGCCGGGGUCGGGAUCGACAAUGUCGAUCUGCAGGCGGCCACCGAGUUCGGGUGCUUGGUCGUCAACGCCCCGACGGCCAACACCGUCGCCGCGGCGGAGCACGGCAUCGCCCUCCUCGCCUCCAUGGCCCGCAACGUCGCCCAGGCCGAUGCUUCCAUGAAAGCUGGAAAAUGGGAACGGAGCAAGUAUGUUGGAGUCUCCCUCGUCGGGAAGACGCUGGCAAUUAUGGGAUUCGGGAAAGUGGGGUCCGAGGUCGCGAGGCGAGCCAAGGGUCUCGGGAUGCAUGUCAUAGCCCAUGACCCGUAUGCCCCGGCAGACCGGGCCCGGGCAAUGUCCGUGGACUUGGUGUCGUUCGAUCAGGCGAUCGCUACCGCAGACUUCAUUUCCCUCCACAUGCCCCUCACUCCCACAACCUCGAAGCUCUUCAAUGAUGAGACCUUUGCGAAGAUGAAGAAGGGAGUCCGAAUCAUCAAUGUCGCGAGGGGAGGAGUCAUCGACGAGGAUGCUCUGGUGAGGGCUCUGGACAGUGGAGUUGUCGCCCAGGCAGCACUUGAUGUGUUCGCGGAAGAACCCCCAUCGAAGGAUAGCAAGUUGGUGCAGCAUCACAAUGUCACGGUCACACCUCACCUCGGAGCUAGUACAAAGGAAGCACAGGAAGGUGUCGCCAUCGAGAUAGCCGAGGCUGUCGUCGGAGCACUGAAUGGAGAACUCUCUGCAACUGCUGUCAAUGCUCCCAUGGUUCCUCCCGAAGUUCUCUCUGAAUUGGCUCCUUAUGUUGUUUUGGCCGAAAAGUUGGGCCGCCUAGCUGUUCAAAUAGUUGCAGGCGGAAAGGGGAUCCAGUCCGUCAAGGUGGUCUACAGGUCGGCUCGGGACCCAGAUGAUCUUGACACAAGACUGCUCCGAGCCAUGAUCACCAAGGGGAUCAUUGAGCCGAUCUCUUCUUCCUUCAUCAACCUUGUCAAUGCUGACUACACGGCCAAGCAGAAAGGUCUCCGUAUCAGCGAGGAGCGGGUGACCGUUGACUCAUCUCCCGAAUCCCCAGUCGACUCGAUUCAAAUCAAGAUAUCCAACAUGCAGUCUAAGUUUGCAAGCGCUGUCACUGAUAAUGGAGACAUCAGCAUCGAGGGGAAGGUGAAGGAUGGGAUCCCCCGGCUCACAUGUAUCGGCACGUUCGACGUGGAUGUAAGCUUGGAAGGAAACCUCAUACUGUGCCGACAGUUGGACCAGCCUGGGAUGAUCGGGCAGGUCGGGAACAUUCUUGGGCAGCACAACGUCAACGUGAGCUUCAUGAGCGUGGGACGCACUGCCCGCCGCAAGCAGGCUGUCAUGGCGAUCGGAGUGGAUGAAGCCCCAGACAAGGAAACCCUAAUGAAGGUCGGGGCGGUGCCUGCAGUCAAAGAGUUUGUGUUCUUAGACCUAUAGGGGUCGACCCCGAAAGGCCAUAUAUUUUUGUGGUCUUGAGUUAUGAAUAAGGCUGGGCGCGAAAUAUCUAUGGCAAAUACCUAUGUCCUCCAACAGAAGCAGAGUUUGUGGUCAUAGUUUGUGCUUUUAUCUAUAGCUGAGGCGUCUCAUGUCAGAUUGGUUUCUUGCAUCAGCUCGUAAAGGGGAAGCUUCCUUUCGGCUGAUCGAAGCAAUCGAACCUGCAUAUGUAGAGGAUUGAAUGAUAUGGUCUUGUUAGACUGGUAUUUUAUUAAUCCUGGUCCGGUUUUAGUGGAGUUAUUUUAUCAUGUAUCUGAAGUGUGGCAAGGGUCCCAUUUGCCCAAA